GGAUAGGCCAUUUCCCGUUCAUGCCUUCUGCAGGCCUUUGAUGAUAGGUGUUACUAAGAACGAUCAUGGAGCUCUCUGUGUUAGCUUCGAUGGUGAAGAAGGAGCAGAGAGAUGUAAUUGGGAAUGCAAUGAAUUGAUGGAAUCAGAGAUGGGUAAUGGGCUGUGAAGCCGUGAGAGUGCUCUAGUCUUGGCCGCACCCAAUAUUUCCCCUCCCUUGACAAAGUGUAAAUCAUAAAUAGCAAUUCGACACGUGUAAAUCAUCAAGCCGCGAGUGUUCUAGUCUUGGUCGCACCCAAUAUUUCCCCCUCCCUUAACAACGAAGUCAUCCGUUUGAUUUUCCGUCUUUAGUACCCUUCAGAAAUCUUGAAGAACCUUUCCCAAGCUCUCUCCAAUGGCGGCUCUGGGGCAUCUGCCUGAAGAAGUGAUGAUCGAGAUUCUCUCCAGGCUUCCGCUGGAGUCUCUGCUUCGAUUCAAGACCGUUCGAAAAUCCUGGUAUGCUCUAAUCAACGACCCUAAUUUCGCAACCAAAUGUUUCUGCAAUUCUCUUCAUCAGCAGAAACACAUUCUUCUCAAGCGUCUUGUUACGAAGAACUCUGGCAAUCAGCAAAAUGUCUUCUCCUUCCUCAAAUUUCCCCUUCCCUUCGAUGGAUCUGUACCGGUUUACGAUCUCGAUUUGCCAUUCGAUGAGGAUUUUCGAUAUUUCGAAAUCCGUGGCCAUUCUCACGGUUUACUCUGCCUCACUGAUCUUCGUAAGGACAUUUUCCUCUGCAAUCCAGCCACCAGAGAGUUUCAAAAACUACCGCGGUCGAUUCUCCUCACUGAACCCCUGGAUGAGUUCAUCCGCAUCACUUCGUUCACCAAUGCAGUCGGAUUCGGGUACGAUUCGAAAUCUAGGGAUUUUAAAGUGGUUAGGGUUGUGGAUUUUGUGGAACUGCCUUGCUAUUUUCACCCUUCUAGAGUGGAAGUUUAUGAUUUGAGUAAAGAUAAAUGGAGAGAAAUUCAGACCCCUGAUAGAUGGAGUGGAAUUCAAACCCCAGUAUGUGGCAAAGUAUUCGGGACGCCUUGCUUUGAGAUGUAUCACGAAGGAACAUAUUAUUGGUGGGCAAAUGCAAAGAUAGAAGGAAGGACAGAAACUAUACAAUCAUUUGACAUGAGCGAGGAGGUUUUCAGGCCAAUUCCGAUGCCAAAGAGUCUCAAGGGGAAGCGUGAAGCGUAUAGAAGUAUGGGGGUUUUGAACGGAUCGAUUGUUCUAUUUCAUUAUCCAUGGAGUGGAAAUGGAAGAGAGUUCGAUGUCUGGGGGAUGGAGAAUGAUGAAUCUGGUGGGGUUUCAUGGUCAAAGCUGCUCACAAUUGGGCCCCUUUAUGGAAUUGAGAAGCCAUUGGUGUUUGUGGGUUCUCAUGAACUCUUAAUGGAAGCCAAUGAAGGUCAGGUGAUUUUGUACAAUACUCGAACCCAACAAUUCAUAAAGGUUCCUAUAAAAGGGCACGAAAGGUUCCAUGCUACUGUUUUUGUUGAAAGUUUGGUGUCUGUGAAAGGAGGAAAUAACUUGACAUAUGAAUUUUGAAUCCAUGUUUUUGCUUUUACGAAGAAUCAUCUCCAUUUGAAUCCAGCUUUAGGUUAGAUUUUGCACAGAAUCACUACUUCCUUGUAUAUCCCUAUCUCUAGGGUGAUUGAUAGUAAAGUUAGAUUGCUAUGGCUUUUAGACAAGC